UGCAUCCCUCCCCCAUCCUGGGUACCAGUUGGGAGCUUUCAGGUGCUGGAGAUUGAAGAGAUGGAGCAGCUUCCUCAGCAACGCCGGGCCCAUUAAAACACUGCCGAUCUGAGCUGCCUUCCUCCCCGCAGCCUUCAGCAGGGAUGGAGUGAACCAGACCCCUGGACCUGCCCGCGGGGAACAGCAAUGGAGUUAAAGCAAUCUCUGUCUGUUCAUCUGGAAGCCGAGAAGCCUCUCAGGCGCUAUGGGGCGGUGGAGGAGACAGCAUGGAAAGCGGAGGGACUGGGAAGCCAGCUGGACAUCAUCUCCAUGGCUGAGACCAGCAUGAUGCCAGAGGAGAUCGAGCUGGAGAUGGCGAAAAUCCAGCGUCUCCGUGAAGUCCUGGUCCGUCGGGAGUCAGAACUCAGGUUCAUGAUGGAUGACAUUCAGCUCUGCAAGGACAUCAUGGACCUGAAGCAGGAGCUGCAGAACUUGGUCGCCAUCCCAGAAAAAGAAAAAACCAAGCUGCAGAAGCAGAGAGAGGACGAGCUAAUUCAGAAGAUCCACAGACUGGUACAGAAGAGGGACUUCCUGGUGGAUGAUGCCGAGGUGGAACGCUUAAGGGAACAGGAAGAAGACAAGGAAAUGGCUGAUUUCCUGAGAAUCAAGUUAAAACCUCUAGACAAAGUAACCAAGACUUCAGCCAGCUCCCGGGCAGAGAAGAAGGCAGAGCCCCCACCUAGCAAGCCAACAGUGGCCAAGACAGGGCUGGCACUCAUCAAGGAUUGCUGUGGGACCACCCAGUGCAACAUCAUGUAGCCCCUAUGUGGGUGCCCCAGAGCUAUGGGGACCCUCUCUCCCACCCUCUUGUCCUCAUAGCCCCCAUUUCACAGGGGUACAAGAGCUUUCCAAGGCAGAAGGGAUUGACAGCAAGCCCAUGACUGCUAUCAGGGGCUAUGGGUAUGGCAGGUGGGCCCAGUCUGUACAGCGUGUAGCAAUAGAGAGCCCCUCACUGUCGCAUGACCCUCCCCAGAGCAUGCCCAACCCAGGAGUCUGUCUUAUCAUUUAUCUAACCACCAAGAAAGCCCCUCCCUUAAAACAAUAUACCUUCACUUUUCUCUAGGUGUAUCUAACCUACCAUGCAAACGAACUGGGCAAGGGCAUAGCCCCAGGUGUGUAUAGCUGUGAAUUUCAAUAAUCUAGCACAGUGUUGGACCCAUUCCCCACCUACCCUCCCAGCUUUGCUGUCAGAUACAAGUCCCGUUCCCUGUUUGCCUUCUCCCAGGGACUGUAGCUUGGAGGGUUCCACUCAGCCCACACACCUCUUAGGCUCCAUUGUAAUCACUUCCCUAAAGACACUGGCCUGUCUAUGAAAGCUGAGUGUGUGUGGUGUUGGGUUUACACCUCCUGCUCCAUUCCAGCCUGGUGUGUAUCUGCCAGACUCCAGGCUCUUCCUUGAUUUGCCAUGUCCAGCCCACAGUUGAGCAGAGUAGGGAGCUGUGACCAAAAGCAGAUCCAGUGCUUGGACCAGGUAGCAGAGAACUGCAGGGACCAAUAUCAAGACCAGAGUGAAUGAGAAGGGGACCCAGAAAAGAUGCCAACCCACAUCCUCUUCACCCAGGGCUGCUGCAAAUGAGUACAAGUGGGAAGGUCACACUGCUGGCCCAACACACACUGACAGGAAGCCUGACCCAACUAUGUCCCAUUGUCUGGUGGUGUGUUUGAACCAGCCCCACAAUUUGUCUUGUGUAACUUGAUGUACAUUUUAAAUGGCCAGCCCAGCACAGCCUGUGUGAACUCUGUGCGUGUAUGUGUGUUAUGACUGGCCUAAGUACUUAGCACCAGUCGAGAUUUGCUGAUGUGCAAACUAUCCAUCAGAGAAAAUAAAAAUGAAAAACACACA